CCCGCCGGGCGAGUCGCGAGCGGAGUCGCGCGGGGCCGCAGUGUCUGCACGCCGGACCCCCGGAGGCCGCCGCCCGCGCAGGUGGGCCGUGCACGCCGGGCCUCCAACCGCCGCCCCUCCCCCCGGGGCUCCCGAGCUCGCGGAUGGGAGGCACGGCUCGCGGGCCCGGGCGGAAGGAUGCGGGGCCGCCCGGAGCCGGGCUCCCGCCCCAGCAGCGGAGAUUGGGGGAUGGUGUCUAUGAUACCUUCAUGAUGAUAGAUGAAACCAAAUGCCCACCCUGUUCAAAUGUACUCUGCAAUCCUUCUGAGCCGCCUCUGCCCAGAAGACUAAAUAUCACUGCUGAGCAGUUAACAAGAGAUCACACUCAGCGCUUCCUGAAUGGAGGUGAGGUGAAAGUGGAACAGCUGUUUCAAGAAUUUAGCAACAGAAGAUCCGAUACUCUUCAGUCAGAUGGCAUCAACGACUCUGAAAAAUGCUCUCCUACCGUCUCUCAGGGUAAAAGUUCAGAUAGCUUGAAUGCAGUAAAACCCAGCAAUUCAGCCAAAUCAUCCAAAGUGGUGCCACUGACUCCAGAGCAAGCCCUGAAGCAAUAUAAACACCACCUCACUGCAUAUGAGAAGCUGGAAAUCAUCAAUUAUCCAGAAAUCUACUUUGUGGGCCCAAAUGCCAAAAAAAGACAUGGAGUGAUCGGUGGUCCCAAUAACGGGGGGUAUGAUGAUGCAGAUGGAGCCUAUAUUCACGUACCUCGCGACCAUCUAGCUUAUCGAUAUGAGGUGCUAAAGAUUAUUGGCAAGGGGAGUUUUGGGCAGGUGGCCCGGGUCUACGAUCACAAACUUCGACAGUAUGUGGCCCUAAAGAUGGUGCGCAAUGAAAAGCGCUUCCAUCGUCAAGCCGCUGAGGAGAUCCGGAUCUUGGAGCAUCUUAAAAAGCAGGACAAAACCGGUAGCAUGAACGUCAUCCACAUGCUGGAAAGUUUCACAUUCCGGAACCAUGUUUGCAUGGCCUUCGAGUUGCUGAGCAUAGACCUUUACGAGCUAAUUAAAAAAAACAAGUUUCAGGGUUUUAGCGUCCAGUUAGUUCGCAAGUUUGCUCAAUCCAUCUUGCAAUCCUUGGAUGCUCUCCACAAAAAUAAGAUCAUUCACUGUGACCUGAAGCCAGAAAACAUUCUCCUGAAACACCAUGGGCGCAGCGCGACCAAGGUCAUUGACUUUGGGUCCAGCUGCUUCGAAUACCAGAAGCUUUACACCUAUAUCCAGUCUCGGUUCUACAGAGCUCCGGAGAUCAUCCUAGGAAGCCGCUACAGCACACCUAUAGACAUAUGGAGUUUUGGCUGCAUCCUUGCAGAACUUUUAACAGGACAGCCUCUCUUCCCGGGAGAGGAUGAAGGGGACCAGUUGGCCUGUAUUAUGGAGCUGCUAGGGAUGCCACCACCAAAACUUCUGGAACAAUCCAAACGUGCCAAGUACUUCAUUAACUCUAAGGGCCUACCUCGCUACUGUUCUGUGACUACUCAGGCAGAUGGGAGGGUUGUGCUUGUGGGGGGUCGCUCACGUAGGGGUAAAAAGCGGGGCCCUCCAGGUAGCAAAGACUGGGUGACAGCACUGAAGGGAUGUGAUGACUACUUGUUUAUAGAGUUUCUGAAAAGGUGUCUUCACUGGGACCCCUCUGCCCGUUUGACCCCAGCUCAAGCAUUAAGACACCCUUGGAUUAGUAAGUCUGUGCCCAGACCUCUCACCAUUGAAAAGGUGUCAGGCAAACGGGUGGUAAAUCCUGCGAAUGCUUUCCAGGGACUGGGUUCCAAGCUGCCUCCAGUUGUCGGAAUAGCCAAUAAGCUCAAAGCUAAUUUAAUGUCAGAAACCAACGGUGGUAUACCUCUGUGCAGUGUACUGCCAAAACUCAUUAGCUAACGGACAGUGCUGUGCUCAGAGAUGUAUAUGUAUGUAUUUUUAAUUAUCCUGCAAACCUGAACAUGGGGAGAAAAUGCAAGCCCAUUGGUGGAUAUGUUUUUGUUACGCUAGAUUUCUUUUUUUUUAACAAGGCAAAACAUUUUUAUAUGACUGUAACAGAACUCUCCAAGGGCUAAUUACCUAACCAGCCUGUGUUGGCCAUCCUGGAAUGUACAUUAAAUGACGUUUUAUAGGUCAGUGCAUCUUCGUUAUUGUCGUCAGAUGUACAUCACCUUAUGCUCCCACUGCUUUACAUCCCUUUCUCUCAAGAUACAGGGUACCCGAGAAGUCUAUCCUGAGCACUCGUCACUUCUCGUCUCCCUCAGCGUCUGUUCCAGAGGGGUAGUUUGGGACACAGCCCUGCUUCGUUCGGGAUGAG